AUGAGCCAAGAAUCAAUAUCAAUUGGCCAAAAGUCACGAUCUCCUCUAAAAGAAAUAAAACUGCCAGAGCUGGCCAGAUCGCCAACCGUAAAACAUAAAAGAGGAUACUCUAUAUUUAAAGAGUCCAUCAUACAUCUUCUUAGGCAAAAGCCAAUUCCUCCUUGGAAGCAGUUGGAUGGCAUAAAGCCAAGCGGAUACUAG